AUGACCCAGAAGAAGAAAUGGCCGCAUUUAAUUAAAUUAAUUAUUUUCGAUAAUGAUGGAACCAUACUUGAUACCGAGGGUAUCUACAGCUGGGCGAAUGAGCAAAUGGUCGGACAUGAACUCGAUGCCACUAUUAAUGCACAACUUGUAGGUAAGAACGCUCACGAUACUUGCAAAGCAAUCGUUGAUUAUUACAAUAUUAAUACAAAUCUAGAUAAUUUCAUCAGAAAACGUACAAAAUUAUUGGAAAAUUGCUGGAACAGUACAGUUAUGAUGCCAGGAGCUAAAAAACUGAUAACUAAAUUUUAUGAUAAGGGCAUUCCAAUGGCAAUCGCUACCUCAUCUCGUGCGAGCAACUUCAAGAAAAAGAUCCAAGCCCACAUGGAUGUUUAUAAUAUGAUCGGAUCAUAUGUGUGCGGAAAUGAAGUUAUCAAUGGAAAGCCUGCCCCAGAUAUUUAUCUUAAGGCUUGCGAAAAGUAUCCUGAAGUAGAUCCAAAGGAAGCCUUAGUAAUUGAAGAUUCACCAUAUGGAAUUAAGGCAGCCAACGAAGCAGGAAUGGCUUCGAUCUUGGUCACAAAUAAUACUCGUAAUUACCAGGAGACACUUAAGAAUCUUGGAGCAGUCCCAACUUAUACGAUGUCUUCAUUGGAAAUGUUUUCAUUUGAUUUGUUCACUUGGGAUGUUGAUAAUCUCAUUAUUUGA